AUGAAUCUUUUGCCAGCAGAGUUGCUGCAAGCAGUUAUCAAUGAAAUAUCAUCUCCUGGCGAUAUUCUCAAUGUCCGUUUGGUGAACAAGACUUUGUGCGUUCUUGCAACGCCCCGAGCAUUCCAACGAGCCCCAGUCAAAAAUACAAUGAGGAGUGCACAAGGUUUCCAUGCGCUUCUUUCAUCGCAGAAAAUAGCUCGACAUAUCACAGAAGUUGCCUUUCGAGAUGUUCGGGAGAGUGCGAGAGAAACUGGUGUGCGCGAGCUUGGUCCAUCGAAGCUCAAGCCUGACGGAGAGAGGGCUAUAAGGGACACAUUGGCAUCAGCAUUCUCAAAAUUACACGAGUUGCCUAAGCUCGAGACUCUCACCAUCACAUUUUCUCCCCAUGUUAGAAGCUCCUUGAGUUCAACCUUUCUAGAGCGCCCUUUAUCAUCGUUGACACAAAUGGCUAUUCUCCGCGCCUUCACUAGUCUGGCACAUCCAUUGUCCCUAAAAUCAUUGACGAUCGACAACCUUAUAGCUUCACACAGCGAUAUCCACGACCAUCCUGCAUUUAUCGCCACGUUCAAUAAACUGGCCUACCUUAGAAUUACCAUACUCUCCGAUAUAGGCACCUAUGUCGGCACGCUCUAUCAAGAAACGCUGAGCAAUUUUUGGUCUACGACAAUGCAGCGCCGGAUUCUCGCUCCUAGCUCAGCAUCGUAUCUUACGUGCCUUUCUCUGCACAGUGACCACGAAUUCGGCAUCCUUCCUCAAUUCACAUUCUCGGAGCUCUAUUACCCGUUACUAGACACGCUUUCCGUCCGAGGGGCGUUCUUCGCAAACAGUGUCGGGAUCGAAGAUUUCAUCGUCAGGCACAGAGGGACCCUCCGUAGUCUCGAACUGCGAUUCUGUAAGAUCUACUGCGACGACGACGUUCCAGAUAGAUUUUGGUCGCAGGUAUGGAACCGCUUUGCGAAGGAGCUUGACAGAUUAACCGUGUUCAAAGCCGAGGAAGAAAUGGAUAUGGUCGAAAUGCCCGGUUACAUGAUCCGAUAUGCUUACUUUGAUGCUGGAGUCGGGUACAUACCCAUUUUCAACAUCGUCCCAGCCGACGACGUCGCACUAGUUACGUUGAAGGUAGUGGUGGCUUCACGAUCUAAUACGUACAGGCAGCCAGCUAUGUUCGGAUGA